AUGCUCUUCACAAAAUACUUUGCCCUGUUGGCUGCGACCUUUGCAGUCCAGGCCACCGCAUACCCUGCAGCGUUCGCUUCUGCCCCAGAGGCUAUCGCACACCUCGACCCUAUCAGUGAAUCUAUCGAAAAUGUUUCUCAGAUGAUAAAUCAGUCACCAGGAGGUAUUUCUGAGCUGAUGAUGAUAACCAAUUCCAUCUACGACGUUUGUGAUAAGGCCAAAACGAGCCGGAAAAGAAUAGAUGGCAUGGCCCCCCUGACCAAACAAGAGGAGAUAGAGGGAAAACCCCACCUAGCACGGUUGUUCUAUGGCCUGACAUCCGCCGUAAAGGCUACUUCUAGCAAGGUCCCCCUUGUCAAAGCAGUUCCGGGCGGUACCAUCAUUGCCAAACGUGUGGCCAAUCGAGUGGGCGAGGAAAAAGCAGGACUUCAGGAUAUUCUCAAGGACAAAUGCUCUCCAGAAGCGUACCAGGACUUUUUGCCAAUCAUUAACGAUUUCGACAAGGAAUUUGGCUCCCUGAUGCUCGAACUCUCGGGAGGGAUCUAA